CAUAAUAAUAACAACACCUCCCAUAUCCACAUUUUUUUUAAUUAUAGCUUAUCUUGAUUAUAAUUAUAAUAUUAUGGAGACAGAAAGUUAUACAAAUGGAGGAGGUGUUGCAAAAGAAAUUGGGAUUGCUAAUAAACAAACCAUAAGAUGGAAUGAUUUUGUCUUGAGAUUUUUGGCAUUUGUACUAACACUUGUGGCUGCCAUUGUGCUUGGAGUUAGCAAACAAAAUGAGCUUGUGCCUGUCCAAUUGGUACCAACUUUGCCGCCUAUCAAUGUUCCGGCUUCCGCUAAGUGGAGUCACAUGUCCGCCUUUGUGUACUUUGUGAUUGUGAAUGCAAUUGCAUGUGCAUAUGCAGUUAUCUCCUUAGUCCUUUCGUUGGCAAAUAGAGGAAAAGCGAAAGGCCUCUCUCUAACAAUCAUUCUCUUCGACCUCAUCAUGAUGGCUCUUCUCUACUCCAGUGUCGGAGCGGCCGCGGCUGUCGGCCUCAUCGGAUACAAAGGGAACACCCACGUCCGGUGGAACAAGGUGUGCGACGUGUUUGGUAAAUUUUGUGGACAAGUCGCGGCGGCAAUUGCCAUUUCACUCGUUGGUUCUAUAUUGUUUUUGUUGUUGGUGUUGUUUGCUAUGUUGAACCUCCAUAAGAACAGGCGUCAUUAGCAAGUUGGUUCGAACACUAUAGUUAAAAAGUAUUUGUCUGUAAAAUAGUUUUUCUACAUACGAAGUUUUAUUGUAUUGUAUUAGAUAACUAGGCUAUGGUGUUUUCUUAAAUUUAAUUAAUACUUGCGUGUUUGGUAAAUCAUCAUUUGUAGACCUAAGUGUGUUGCAUUUCUGGUUUCAGUAAAUAUAGUAGUUUUAUUAAAUUUGUUUAAUUUAUGUAUAUUCUUGAAAUUGGAAGUGUGAUUUUAAUUACAUCAUCA